CCCCCCCCCCGCCAUUCAGCUCGUGUCGUUGGCGAGACGCUUUCUUUUUUUUUGCUUUGCCGUUUGCCCCCUUCCCCGUUCGCCGGCCCGUCGAUCCCAGGCAUCCAUGGUUCUCGCCGCCGGGGAGCUCCACCGGCGCCUGACUCGUCAGGCCUGGCUGGUUCGUGUGCCCGACGGCACGCCCGAGCCCCUGCGAAUGGCUGCCCAUCUCCGGGCCCUGGAGGACAUUACUGAUGAGCAAUCCGAGGCGUAUUUCGCCAGACUGCGCGAGGCUCUGGCCGACACCGCACCCGCCGGCGUGCUGUGCCUGUGCGGAGGCGGCCCGGCUGUCGUUCGGGCCCGGCUGCUCCAGCUCGCGGCUCGCGCCGCCCACGGCCUCGGGCCGGUGGAUCUGGAUCGGGGCUCUGGCCCCCGGGGCGGCCAGGCCAUCGCGCGAACGGCCCAGGAGUAUCUCCUGGCCGCGGAGGCCGUCUGCGAGGAUGCUCUGCGGGUGCUGGGCCGACGUGUGGCUUGGCGGCAGGGGCCCCGCACCCGCGAGGGGCCCGCACCCUGUGCAUGUUUGAGAGCCACUCGGCCGCGGCCGCCGGCGUGGGCCUUCUUUUCCAUGGAGUGUCACCUGGUCUUGUCGCAGAUGGCCACACUUUUCGAGUUGCUGUACAUUCAGCUGCGUCGGGAACUCACCGACCCUGGCACCUGCCCGGCGCCCCGACGCCGGACCGAGGCGCGCAUCGUCGCGGCCGAACGGCGCUUCGCCGAGCGUGCCCAGCGCUGGCCGGUGUCCGUCGUAUCGCCGGGGGUCCUGGCCAGGCAGCUCACCGAAUUGGUGGGCAUUCAUCUUCGGAUUGCGUGCUUGGGCAACACACUGCCGGCCGACCCGGGGGAGCUGUGCCGCUGUGCCGCCUGGGCCACUGACACCGCCGGGCGACUGGCCGAGCGCAUUAUCCAGGGCACGGGCGGCCCGGUGGCCACACCACCCCUGUUGGCUGGCAUCUUCGCCGCCUGGAUCCUCGAGCUGCGCCAAACGCGUCUGGGCACACCUCACCAGACGCACGGUACGCCUGGGCAUCUCUCAUCCUGCUAGGCUGUGCGGUGAACCGCGCAUCGGCCAGCUCCAUGGAUUCGGCUCAGCUGGCCCAGCUCCAUGUCCAGGUGCGAGGGGGAGCUCUGGGGGCCCUGUCCGGAUUUCUCGCUCUUCGUCGCCCGUCCAGUGCCUGACCGCGUGGCCCCCUCUGGCCGGGAUCCAAAAAAGCUGGCCCAAGCCUUGAGCGCGUGCGGCGACAACCGGCAGGCCUUGCGGGAGCUGGCGGCUGCCGAGCGCCUGGAUCCGGCCCUGGGGGCGGACCCCUUCGUGCGGCUGUUUCUGACCAACCGCCGGCCUCAGGUCUCGCUCGAGAAGCUGCUCCGGCCAUGCGGCCUGCGCCGGGCCCUCCGCCGCCACCCGUACGUAUUCCUCGACAGCGCGCACACAUGACCGGGACAGGGCAGUGCAAGGGCAAAAGGAGCGCAGCAGCGACCCAAGACGGCCGGCAGCAGUCCCGAGUAUCUGGCUGUGGAUUGUGUGUGUGUGAGUGCGAGUGCGUCUCCCCCGCCUGGCCUUUGUUUUUUCCCCCGCCCUCCCCCUCUUUCCCCCUGUCUGCCUCGCUCCGAAACAUGCAACUGAGCGCGCCUCGCCCGCCCUGGCACACGCGAGUGGACAAUCCCCGCGAGGCGGGAAGACAACAAAAUA